CCGGUCAUGGCGUCGGCCGCGGCCUCAAUUCCGUGUCCUUUCGACGAAGCCUUGUUAUCGCGCGUGCAAUACACGUGUUCUUGCGGCGCGCCGCAAACCUUGUCCCGGCUCUAUUUCUGCCGUCAUUGUUGGGCGCCGCGCUGCGGCUACUGCGUCUCGCAUGAGGUCGAUUCCCACUACUGUCCGCAUUGUCUGGAGAACAUGCCCUCGGCCGAGGCCCGCUUGAAGAAGAACCGCUGCGGCAAUUGCUUCGAUUGCCCCGUGUGCGCCCACAACCUCUCGACCCGGGCCACGUCCACGCCCGUGCCGCGCCCCGACGAUCCCAGCCAGUUGGUGGCCAAGAAGGUCUUCUACUUGGUGUGCGCCUUCUGUCACUGGACCUCGCGCGAUAUCGGCCUGCCCGACCAGGCCGUGGCCUCGGGUGCCUGGCCCGACCUCGAGCCCCAUCAAGCGGCCCGAUUGGCCCAGAUUCAGGAGCACUAUCGCGGGCUAGCCCAACGCGAGAAGCUCGAGAAGGAGAGUCGGCGAUUUCUGGGCCGGAAAUUGAGUUACAUGCAAUUGUCCGACAAGUACGGCGUGAGUUCGGCCGUGGCCCGGAAAAGAGCCGGCUUGCCGCCCGCGGCUCGCAGUCAGCUGGAGACGGCGAGCGGCGCGGAAGCGGGUCGAAACGCGGUCGAACUGGCGCCCAGUCCGGCCGUAGCGAUUGAAGAAGUCGAGGUGUUACCCGAGGACUUGUUUACUCGACCCGUGGUCUUGUCCGAUGUGAUGGCCUUACCGGCCCGACUGAGCCUGUUGGAACAGCCGCCCGUGAUGGCUCGAGACCUGUAUUUGAAGCAUAAGCAUUUGAUGAUUAAGCGUUCCCAGCGUUGUCGCGAGUGCGAACACAAUUUGUGCAAACCCGAAUACAACCCGUCUUCCAUCAAGUUCAAGAUUCAAUUGGCCGCUUUCUAUCACGUGCCCGAAGUGGUGAUCUAUCGGGUGGAUCCCGUCCGGAAACCCGGCACCACGGUCCGGUUCAUUUUGAAGAUCGUCAAUCCCACCCAGCAUCCGACCCAAGUCGAGUUUCUGUCCAUGGGGCAAUAUCAAGCGGCACGCCAAAGUCUCGAGGGCGCGCCCGCCGGUCCACCCGAGAUCAGCCCCGAUAAAAAGCCUCUGGGGCUCAUUCGUCACACCAUGUUGGUGAAAGCCGGCGAAGCCCAGCAAAUUGUGGCCAACGCCCAAUGCCUGGUACCCGUUGGCCAAGUCCACCUGCCGCAGCGGGACGAUGCGGCCGAGUAUGAUGACACGGGCCCCGAUAUCAAGAACGUGGUGGACGACGAAAAAAUCGUGGCAUGGCGGAAAGAUAAUCGAGUGGGCGUUCAUUUUUCGGCCCGGAUCGACUCCGACGUGACACCCAACACGCCCAUUAUGACCUCCAUGGCCCUUAAAUUUUUGUACACCAACACGAUUUCGGCCUUGGAACAGAAAGAGGCGCAAACGGCCGAGAUCAUGAUCCCGGUCCAUCUUAAUCUCGGUCCGGCCUCUUGAUUGCCUUCUUGUGAUGAACGAUCUGUCAUAUUAUAAUGGUUUUGUUUUUUUUUGUAUACUUGUUUCUGUAUUAUUAAUAAAUAUCUCUCACCCGUCACAUCGAUAUGGCAUACUCUACCCACGUCCUUUAACCUCGGACCCCCAUUUAUUUCUAG